AUGUAUAAUUCCGCACACGACCACCCGUCAACCGAUGCCCCGCCCACGGACGACCACAUCCCCGAAGACGAUCCCACAAACCGCGUCACCAUUUGGUUCAACGAGCGAGUCCUCGUUUUCGAUGAGGUUCCCACGCAAAAGGUCCAAGCUGCCCUUUUGGUCCUCGGGGGAUUCACCUUUGGCCGGAAACCCGAGCCACCGUCCGACGCUAGAAUACUGGACGCCAGGCGACAGGAGUGCCUCAACAAGUAUCGUCACAAACGGGACCGGAGGUGCUACAAAAAGAGAAUAAGGUACAACGUGCGCCACGAGGUAGCACUCCGAAUGAGACGGAGGAAAGGACAAUUCGCGCCGAAGAAUGUGGGCCCGUUGGGCCCACCUGAGGAGGAGGGGGUGGUUGGCCCCUCGCAGUGCGGCCACUGCGGGAUACGGGCUGGGGAGACGCCGAUGAUGCGGAGGGGGCCCAGCGGGCCCAAGACACUAUGCAAUGCAUGUGGGCUUCAUUGGGCCAGCAAGGGGGUGAUGCGGGACACGUCCAAGAAGUUUUCGCCAAUGGGCCACCUGCCCAUUCAUAGGGAUGCGUAUGAUGAUGGUACUGAGAUUGAAAUGUGA